CCGCAAAGUCCCCAACUCCGGAGUGGUUGUCCCCUCAACUCGACAACUCGUGAGUGGCCAGCUCGAGUCGGAGUUGUUUCCGGAAUAUUUCCAAAAUAGGAAGGCAGAUAUACCAGACCCGCGGUCGGCCCCACCGGAGGUGGGAGUUGACGAGUUAUCGUCAUCUUUUGACCUCUUCUUUAAUGUUGUAAACAUAACUUCCCUUCAACCUUUCCCCGCGAACAAGCGCCAAUUGCUUGUCAACCUCAUUUCCAGGAACCCCAGACACCAUGGUCAGACGCGCAGUGGCGUGUCCCGAGCGGCAGCCUGCCGAGCAGCCGGCAGAGUCGUCGACCUAUGAGCUGCCGGCGCGCAUCACCUCGCGCAACCACAAGUCCAGCAAGGACAAGAAGAAGAAGACAACCAUCAUCAAAGCAGACAUCCUGAUCCCCGGCGCCGGCGAGCCCCAACACAACGCCGCCCUCGUCAUCCAGGACAAGACCAUCGCCUGGGUCGGCCCCAGCACGGCCAUCCCCGCGGCCUACACCUCGCAGACCCCGUCCUCGCGCGUGCACCACGUGCCCGUGGCCAUACCGGGCCUGUGGGACGUGCACGUGCACGUCGAAGCGGAGCCCCCCGAGGACGAGCAGGACAACCCGGCCGACCGGAUCGUCACGCACCCGGCCACCGCGGGCGCGCAGAUCGCCAGGGGCUGCUGGGAGGCCCUGCAGCGCGGGUACACCUCCCUGCGCGACCUGGCCGGCUACGGCUGCGAGAUUGCCCGCGCCAUCGACUCGGGAGCCGCCGUCGGCCCGCACAUCUACGCCGCGGGCGCGUGCCUCAGCCAGACCGGCGGGCACGGGGACAUCUUUCAGAUCCCCGCGGGCACCGCGCUCCUGCACCUCGGCGUGGGUGCCACGUCCCUGAUCCCCGGGACGCAGUAUGCGGGUGGAAGCUCGGUGCUGGUCGACGGCGUGGACGAGUGCCGCCGGGCCGUGAGGCUCCAGAUCCGGCGCGGGGCGCGGUGCAUCAAGAUCAUGGCCUCCGGAGGGGUCGGGUCCCGCGACGACGACGUGUACUGCGCGCAGUUCAGCAGGGAGGAGCUCGAGUGCAUCGUCUCCGAGGCCGCCAGGCAGAAGGUCAGCUGCGCGGCGCACGUGCACAGCAAGGAAGGGAUCAUGGCCGCCUUGCAGGCCGGGGUGCGGUCGGUCGAGCAUGUCAGCUUCGCGGACCGCGAGUGCGUGGACCUGAUCAGGGAGAAGAAGGUCGUCUGGGUGGCCACGCGGACGGUGAAUGAGAUACUGAAGCAGACAAAGGGAAGAGGCCUGCCCAGGAACGUGUGGGAGAAGGCCAAAAAGGUCAGCGGCGCCAGCCUCGAGGCGUACAAGAUGGCCAUUGCGGACGGGGAAAUCGCGUUUGCCCUGGGUACCGACACUGCGCCUGGGUUCAACAUGGCCAUGGAACUGGACUAUGCAGUGCAGGCAGGCAUGACGAACCUCGAAGCCAUCAAGGCCGCCACCGCGAACGGCCCUCUCACUCUGGGCGAGAAAGCGCCGCUGUCGGGUCAGCUCAAAGUAGGUUACGAUGCGGAUGUGCUCGGCGUACUGGCGAACCCUGCCGACGACGUCAAAGUGCUAAUGGACAAACAUAACAUCGGCUGGGUCUGGAAGGGCGGCAGGCUGUUCAAGGGGCCAGGUGUCGGUCCUUGGGGUGAAGAGGAGUGA